CCGGAAAUCGUUUUAAUGUUGAAGAAAUUAAUAAUAUUAAUAAUUUCUUAAUAAUUUGUUAAUGAUAUAUUGAAGAUUUUUAUAAUUAAAAUAAUUUUUUCGCUGAAAAUUGUUCCAUCGAAAUCAGAAAAUAAUCAACAUGCAUAAUUCCCCGCGAAUUGAUGUUACCCGGCUUGAUUAUCGCCAUCAGAUCUGAUAAAUCAAUUCCACUCAGGCGUUCAAAAUUGAAACGUUAUCCAGAGAACGCGGGGGAGUCCCGAGAGGCGAUUUUACCCAGAAAAAGAGGAAGACAAAAAUCAAUCAUUUGUCAUUCGUAAACAAUCGUGAAUAAGGAAAACGCUGGGUUAUCACGAGCACCUCUUGAAGACGAAGCGCUUUCGUAAUCCAUUGUUCCUCCCGCCAACGUCAACGGCUACCCCGGGGCAUUGAUUUGAGUUCAAAUAGUUAAGACGUAACAAGUUUUGUUUAUUCUCUGCAUUAGAAAUAAAGUGGAAUUAGAGAACAGUUGGGUAGAUCGUGCGGCAAAUUAAUUGUGCGGAUAGUGCGGAGUGGAAUGAGUGGGAAUGCGGGGAAUCUUUGAUAAUUAAUCAUCUCGGGAUUUUUAUAAUUUUUUUAUCGAAAAUAUUCCAAGAGCAAUUGCGUUAUUUUCUCAAAUAAUUGAGGUUUUUAAUUGAAAAAAAAAUUUAAUUCUUGAAAUGACGGUCGAGCAACAAGCUGGAGGUGAGUGAUGAAGAAAUAAUUAUCAGGGGAUGAAGACUCGUUUUAGAGAAGUUGAUGAAUCCUUGCUCUCAUUUAUGUUUAUUUGCUCAGGCCCUUCGACUGGCGAAGACGCCAUUGAUGCUGCUAUCGGAUUGGCCGGAAUUGGAAAGUUCACAUGGAAAAUAAUAGCGAUAAAUUCACUGAUUCUGAUCAAUGCGGGAUUUACUACGAACAGCAUCAGCUUAAUUUUUCCGGCAUCUGCUUGUGACUUUAAUUUAACUACUAUGGAUCAGGGAGUCAUGACGGCAACUCCAUUUUUAGGUAUGAUCGUUGGCUCGUACUUCUGGGGAUGUCUAGCUGACCUACACGGAAGAAAAUACGCGCUAGUGAUAGCGUUAGCCUCUCAGGGAUUAUUCGAAUUGAGUUCUUCACUUGUGUCCAACUUCUGGGGGUAUAUAUUCUUCAAAUUCCUCAGUGGAUUUUCAUUGAUCGCGCAAAAUGCAAUAGUCUAUCCGUUCGUUGGAGAGUUUCAACCCGUGACUCUGAGGAAAAAAGUGCUCUGCGCUUUGGAAAUUGCGUGGGUACUGGGUACCAUUGCACUACCUGCUCUUGGAUGGUUAAUUAUUCCUCUAAACGUCUCCUACACUACCAACUACUUUUUCUUCCAUUCCUGGAAUCUUUUUGUCUUUUUAUCUUCAUUACUGGCCCCGACGUUGGCAUUAUGGCUUAUGACAUUCCCAGAGAGUCCCAAAUACCUCGCAGAACAAGGGGAAGAUGCAGAACUCGCCAAAGCCCUCGAAAUUAUGCAUUCAGAGAAUACGGGGGAGUCCUUUGAUGCUUUUCUGAGAAAAUUAACGGACAACGGUUUGGAUGAUCUCCGCAUGCGUCUGGAGCUGAAGGAGAGUCGAAGUGCGAAAGGAAAUUAUUCGAAACACGAGAGAGCGCAGAAACUCUUCAAAGAUGUGAUCAGAAACACAGGAACGUUGUUCAGGCCCCCUUUUCUCAAACAAACCCUGCUCAUCUGCGUACUCUGGUACUGCGUCGCCUCGACGUUCUUCUCCUUCACCAUGUGGUUCCCAGAGUUAGUCAGGAGGCUUGAAGCCUUUGAAACAAUGUUUCCAGGGGAGAGUGCCUGGGUCUGCAGUGCAGCUCCUGCGGGGAACUCAACUAUUGUCGAUAGCACCAGCAAGUGUUCACCGAAUAUUCCCAACGAGGUGUUUCAGCACACAUUGAUACUGGGGGCCGCCUGUUUGCCCACGAACAUAUUGGUGCCAUUAUUUGUAAAUAAACUAGGAUAUAAAUUUUUUUUAGUGCUUUCUUCUGGGGUCGCAAUGGCCGUGACAGUCGGAUUAUUCUUCGUUGAAUCGUCGACACAAAAUCUCAUCCUCUCGUCCACUUACGAAGGAUUUUUAUCAAUUAGUUCAGCUCUAGUUCUAGUGGUUAUAACCGAAUUGUAUCCGACGCAAAUCAGGGCCACAGCCUCAUCGCUCGGAGUAUUAAUAGGAAGAAUAGGAUCUGUCGUUGGGAAUUUACUCAUGGGACACUUGAUCGACAACCACUGCGUGACUUUCAUCGCGAGUAACAUAGUUCAGCUCAUAAUCUGUACUGUAGUUUCACUGAUUCUCCCGCUAAAGAGGAAAGGAGAGAGACCUGUUUCAAACUCAGUAGUGACUUUAGUGAUCAACGAAAAAAUUUGAACCCAUUCAGUAUUGAACGAUAAUUUUUUUUAUUUUGUGCAUUGUUGUGGAU